AUGUCUCAUCCUAUCUUGAUUAUCGGUGCUGGGCUUGGCGGCCUUUGCUUGGCCCAGGGACUGAAAAAACGAAAUAUUCCCUUCAAGCUUUUUGAACAGGACGCAAGGAAUGAUUUCCGGACUCAGGGGUAUAGAUUGAGGGUGAGCAGUGAAGGUAUCUACGCCCUCCGGGAUACCCUGUCGCCUGAGCUAUAUGCUCUGUUCGAGAACACCUGCGCCGAGACGAUCAUGGGGGGCGUGAGACUCAAACCCGAUGGUACACCACUAGGUGGCACUGGCCCUCCUAGGCCCCUUGGGUCGGCUACUUUUCUGGAGCCCCAGACUGUCGAUCGGAGCACUUUCCGAGAGGUUCUGCUGACGGGUUUGGAUGAGCAUGUAUUUUUCGGAAAGAGCUUCGACCACUACACCGUGGACGGCGGAAACACAAUUGCAUUCUUUACAGAUGGUUCAAAGGAAACCGGGACUCUCCUUGUUGGUGCAGAUGGAGUUCGAUCUAGGGUCCGCAAGCAGUACGUACCAGAUUUAAUGGGUAUUGAUACCGGCAUGCGUAUCAUUUUUGGAAAGACACCUUUGAGCCCCGAAUUUCUGGCUCGGUUUCCCGAGGCGUACCACCAUGGAAUGUCGCUUGUUUCAAACCCAGACGAUGAGUCUCGGACCUCCUUGCUAUUUGAAUCCAUCCGUUUCCCACACGCAGAAAAAGUUUCGAAACCUCAGCUUCCCGACCCAUACGUGUAUUGGGUGCUUGUCACGCAUUACUCGAAUAUCACGUCGUCAAAUGGCACAUCCUGGCCAUUAAGCCCAGAGAAGUCAGCCGAACUUUCUCGAUAUGUUACCAAGUCAUGGCAUCCUGACUUGCAGGUGCUUUUCGAGAUGCAAGACGAGACUCAAACAUCAACCCGGUGGAUGGUUUCUGCUUCACCAGAGCUGGCCUCCUGGGAUCCCUCACCCCAUGUGACUUUACUCGGCGACGCGAUUCAUACCAUGCCCCCAACUGGAGCGAUGGGGGCCAACACUGCCUUGCGUGACGCUGCAGAUCUGGCUCGCAGGCUUGAGGUUGCAAUAAAUUCGCGAACCCUCGGUCAACAUGUUAUCGGGGAGUAUGAAUCGGAGCUACGUAAUUCAGCCAGAACAGCAAUCGCAUUGAGCUGGCAAGGUGGCAUGAAAGCCUUCGGGCUCAAACCAGCCGUGGAAUGCGACAAGAUCCUCUUAUGA